ACAAUAAACCCCAGAAAUGAACUAAUAAAACUAAGCAGCUCUGUCAUCUUCCCCACUGUUCAUAGCCGCAGUUGGCCGUCAAAUGCAAAACCUUGCCGGAAAACACAUCCGGACUUCUCACCGGCCGCCUUUAACAGUUAGAAACUCCUCCAACUUUUUCUUUUUCUAUAUAUUCAUUUAUUUUUCUCAGUUUCCCCCUUUUCUAUAUCGCGCGCAUGAACACCAUUUUUUCAAUAGCAUUGCGGCCACAACACCGUUUCAUCCCAAUCCUCUUAAAGAUGAUAACAACACAAACAAACUCUCUCCAAAUCCCUAUCACCACCAUCAAAACCAAUUCAACCAACAACAACACUGUUUCAGAAAUUUCAAAAAUCAAUAACCAGAGCGUGAAAUCGAAUUUCUCCGAUUUAAUCACCCUCGGAAGUUUCCUCCGGUCCUCGAAACAAGUUCGUCAGGACUCCCUUGUCUUCAAUCGAAUGGUCCCGGUGCUCCGCCGUCUCAUUGAGCGUUACGAAUCCCCCCAAACGAUUCUCUCCGAGUUGGAGUCAAUUGGUUGUAUUAAUCUCUCUAACACAAACAAAACCCCUAAUCCUUUGUUACUCUUGUUGAGAAUUUUCUCUCGUGCAGGUAAUUACGCCAUGGUUAUUGAAACUUGUCAGCACAUGGUAGAGUUUCAUGGUUUUGCAAUUUUUCGGAAUACUUUUGCUUCGAAUUUAGUUAUGGAGUCGAUGUUUAAAACUUCUCAACCCGAACGUGCUUUUUAUAUUAUGGAGAAUACAAAAUUCCCUAAUUUUCUCACUUUCAACAUUGCACUUUUCCACCUUUCCAAUUUAAAUGAUAUUACCGGUGUUUCGUAUGUUCUUAGACACAUGUUGAGAUUGAGUUAUCGUCCUAAUCAUGCCACUUUUAGUGCGGUUCUGAAUUCGUUUUGUAAAAUGAAUGCAUUUCGGCAAGUUUAUCAGAUUUUGGGUCUAAUGGUUGGUCUAGAGAUUGACUUUUCUGUUAAUGUUUGGACUGUACUCAUUCAUAGGUUCUGCAAAUUGCGUAGGCUUGAUGUUGCUUCCAACUUGUUGUACAAAAUGAUUCGAAAUGGUUGUUCCCCUAACGUUGUCACGUAUACCGCUUUAAUUAAGGCAUUUAUGGAAUCCAACAUGGUGACUCAUGCCUUACAUUUGUUUAAUGACAUGGUUUCUGAUGGCCUAGAUCCCGAUUUGGUUCUUUAUAAUGUGUUAAUUGAUUGUCUUUUGAAGUCCGGAAUGCAUGAUGAUGCAAUUGAAGUUUUUCACCGGUUGUCGGAACAAAAAAACAUGAGACCUGAUUUGUAUACCCUUACUUCAUUGUUGUCUACAGUUUAUCGGUCUGAACGGUUUGAUCUCUUACCCAAAAUAGUUCGAGCUUGCAGACAUAUAGGUGGUGAUUUAGUAUUCUGCAAUGCUGUUUUAAACUCUUUUAUUAAGUCUGGCCGUUCUUCUUGUGCUCUUGAAUACUAUGAACAUAUGAUUGUUAAAGGUUUUAAGCCGGAUAAGUAUAGUAUUGCUGGGCUACUAAGUGCACUUUGUGCUGAGAGAAGAAUUGAUGAAGCAGUUAAUGUGUAUCGAGGUAGUGCUAUGAUGUAUCAUGCGAAUGAUGCUCACAUCCAUACUGUGUUAACGAGUGGGCUUAUAAAUGCUGGUCAGUAUCACUUGGCUGCCAUUGUUUUUAGAUCAGCAGCAGUCCAGAAAUGUCCGCUUGACAGUGAAGCAUAUGCUGUUGGCAUCCGUGCACAUCUUAGAAGUGGAUUAACUCUAGAGGCCAACACAUUGUUUGACCAGAUGAAGGACAAUGGUAUGGAACCUAAUGUUCAGACAUUUAAUAUGAUUCUUUUCAGUUCAUUUAAAGAAAAAAAUCUUCAAAAGAUUCAACUGUUGCUGAAAGAGAUGAUUGAUUCAAGGAUUGAGUUGGGUGAUAGAAAUUUCUCCAACUUGUGUAAAUUUCAAUGCAGUUGGAAUCUGUUGGCUGAAAUGAGAGAUUUGGGUUUAUUAUCUGCCAAGGUGCUGCAUGCCUUAAACUGUGGCAGGCAUCCUGAAAGUGUAAAGGCAAAUUAUAAACACUGUGCUGAAGUUGAUACAGAAUGCAAUCUAGUUCUGGAUUCAUCCAGUUCUGAAGAUAUGUCAGAUGUAGCUGUGUCAGUUGGUUGAGCUGUUAUUGUUACUACUGUGUUGUGGCCUGCAUCUGAUUGAAUGGUUCAUUCAAUUCCUAUAUCAUGAAAUGCGGCAUUCUAUCCACAAACUGAUUGCACGUAUUGGUUUAGUGGUGACUGAUUUCAAAGACAUAUUUGAUUGGAAUGCCAAAGAUUUGAACAUAUCAUCAUGGUUACUUUAUGAGGAAAGAAGGUUCUUCUUAUCCCAUGAGUGUUUGCCCUGUUCUGAUUAAUUCAGUGAGGGAAGGUAAUUUUCAUCAAUUUUCAUGGUGAGCAUUGAAAUAUUAUUUUUUUAAACUUCACUUGCUUUGCUGAUAGUUUUUUGUUUUUAAUUAAACUCCGGCCGAGUUAAGCAGUGGUGAGCUUCAAACAACUUUAUGCAUUAAGCCGUGGUUACCAACAAAAGGGUCACUUUGGUGUUUCUUUUUUGAUUGGAUCACAAUUAGAAGAAUUUUAAAGCAUUUGUUGGUUAAAAAAGUUAUUAUAUUCAGGUAAUUAUCAUAAAGCCAAAGGGGAUAGGAUCCUAUGGAAAAACACCUAAAUUCAAGUUGCAACUACUUGAGGACUGUAAUCCAUUGGAUGGUUAUCAUUUUGUUAGUUUCUUAUUCUAUCUAGCUGGCAUCAGUUGCAUUUUCUUAUUUUCAAAUUUACAACCUUUCCUUUCAAAUCCGGAAAUGUCAACAAAAUAUCUGUACCAUUAUACCCUGUCUUCUAUUAAAAUUGCAAUAUUAAUCUGUUUCAUACUUAAUACAUAUUUUCAAGAAAUAGAUAUACAUAUCUUUCUAAAGAGAAAACAUUGGCUUACGCUUCUGAAUUGAAACAAAUUUUUACGAUGCUUCUAUUUUUUGUGUGUAGAGAGAUGACUUGUAGAUUAUGUAGUAAGAAGAGUAGAUCAGAUGGAGGAUAGUCAAAUAUCUAAAAGCAGAGAAAGAGUGAAAAAUCAUAAGAGAAGCUGUGAAAACUGAAAAAUAUAUUUCAAGUGUGAUUAAUGUACAUACACUAAUAUCUUCAUAUAAACUAUUCUAACUUAAUGAGUCCGACUAAUAGACUAAAGUCCGAAUACAUAUUUCUAUUGACAAUAGUAAAUAGAAAUUAUUUACAACACUCCCCCCAUCAAGCAGGUGAAUAAAUAGUUAUCAUUCCCAGCUUGUAGAUUGGACUAGGUAGUAAUAAGGAUCAUACUUUAAGUUUAAAUUGAAUCUUGAAUUAUACACAGGGCUGUGUAUAGAAAUUUUUGGGACUUAGGCAAGACUGUCUUGUAGACUUAAAAAUGUUGCUAAAAAACAAUUCGAUGUAGGGUUUGGGCUUUGAAAAUUGACAUGAUGAUUUUUUGAUAAUAAUUAGAAACUGAGCUACGGUAUAACUUAUAUUAUAGAAUAUUAGGGUAAUAAAAUGACCAUUUGUCCAGGUAGAUCUACUCGUAUAUUCUGAUAUAAGACAAUUAAUACUAAUGGAUGGGAAAUUUGAGGCCCAAAGUGCCUUAGUUGCCUAGGCCAGCCCUAGCCAUGGCCAUGAUUGUACAAUAGUUAUUUUGCUAAAAAACAGAUUAUACAGUAAUUCAAGGCUAAUAUAUCAUUGUUAUCCAUAUUAUUUGGGAUGAAAAUUUUGUAAUUAGUUAAUGUUAAAUGUCUGUUAAUAUAAAACCCAUUCCUGCUAGAAAAACUAGCUACUGAAAAGUAAAUUUGCUCUGUUUCACAUUCAAUAUUCCUCUUCUAUAAGCUAACAGUUGGCCUUCGCAUUUUUCAUAGACCACACAAACCAGAAGCUUUAAUUGAAUAUGUCCAAGGUCAAAGUUUUUGAACAAGUGACAGGAAUAUAGACACAGUAUCUAGCAGAGUGAUGGAUCCCAGUUAUGAUAACAUUAUAAGAGAGUUUGUGAAUGGCCUGCAACUCAAAAGCUGGCUAUGGUUUUGCAAUUCAGAACCUGAAAUCAUUCUUAUGAUGUGACAAUUUUUCCAGUGUUGAGCAUCUAAAUGCACUGUGUUUUGUCAAAGUUCAAAGAAAUAUACUGCUCUUGCCCAAUCUUAAUUAUCAUAUAUAUGAUUAGAAUUAUUUUAGCAUCAACCAGAACUUUGUUGUGGUGUGGUUUUAUGUUGCUAUACCUUCCUUCACUUGUAAUUUGUAAUUUUUUAUAGAUGGAUUAUUUUCUUUAGAAUGGAUUAGAUGGAAGUGCAACUGACUUACAACAGAUAACAAUUUCUCCUAGUCACAUCUAUCUAUUAUGAGAAAGUUGGGUCCCUAUUGCACACAUGUUCGCUUCUCUGCCUCAAAAUUUCCCGCUCUGUUGCCUAUAUAAAAUUUAUAUUUUUCUCUGUAGUUUCUUAUAUGAUUGUUUUAUUAUAUUAGUUUAUGUGUUUCUUAUUCUUACUUUACAGCGAUGCCUUUUAUGUAUCCUGUUAAAAAUUUCAAAUUUCGAACAAACAUUUUUUCCUUCUGCAUAACAUUUCCGUUUUCCACUUUAUCCUUUGUGAGACCACAUACGCCACCUCAUCAUUUUGGUGCUGAAGAGAUGCAGUGCUCUGUUUGUGGAAAAGAGAUGCUGUGUUCCAAUAGUGGGAAAUAUGAAUUUUUAAAUGUUUUGCUUCUCUCUCAUCUUUGUUUUUCAAUGUUGUUGCAGAUACGCAGAGGACAAGGCUUUUAGUGGGGUGGUGAGCAUUGUUGCAGAACAUCAUAUUUGAUGUGUAACCUUAUCCUUGGGUUGGAGUUCAGAACUACAUAGAUUAUUAUUAUUCUAUCACCAUGUUCGAUUCAUGUUGACCGCAUAUUCAAGAUUCAGAUUUGAAGAAUGCAGGUUGCGACAGUUUCUGCAAGUUUCCUUGAUUUCAUGAUUUCUCAUGUUUUUUUACCGAGACACCAAAAGAAGAAAAAUUACCAAAGAUAGUGUUGGCUGGAUUUGAAGCAGCUUGAUUUUUAGCAGCAUCACCAAUCAACCUUUGAUCACUAGAGAAAGCAACAAAAGAAGGCGUGAUUCUGUUUCCUUGUUCAUUGUGGAUAAUCUCAGUUCGGUUGUUUUGCCCCUGCCAUACAGCAACACAUGAAUAAGUCAUGCCAAGGUCGAUUCCAAUAGCAGGUCCCUCAUAUUUUUUGGCCAUUCUGUUUCAAGUGAAUGAAUCUAUUUUAGGGAAUUUGGAUAGAUAGAAUUUUUGAAUAUGUUUUUGGUUGGCUUUAAUAUACACCGUGAAAUGUAAAUUAGCUGAAUGCGUCCACUUUUUAAUCUUCUGUAAUAAAAGUUGUAUAUGCAUGUAUAUAGUUGGCUCCUUAAA